AUGGGCGGCGGCGGCGCGCUCAACUUCGGGUACACGGGGCGGCGCAUCCGCAAGACCAAGCGCAUCACCUUUGACCGGAACCUGCCGCCGACGUCCAUCCCCAGCGUCGGCGGCUUGGCGGCGCACCUGACGAAGCUCAGCCCGACGCUCCUCGACGAUGGCAUCGAGACGUCGAGCGAGGGCUUCACGCGGCGCAAGACGCGCGCGUCCAUGCUCGUGCGGCGGAACAAGAAGCACUGGCGCAAGAUGCGCACGGUCACGGGCCGCGAGGGCCCGCUGGAGAUGCGGCACGCGCGGCUCCGGGACCCGCACGCGCGCGCGAUCAUGCGCUUCCGCUGGGCCCAGUACAUGACCGAGGGCGAGAACAGCAUGGAGCUCACGGCCCACGAGCGCACGCGCUACAUGCAGAUGCAGGCCCACGCCAUGCAGGCCAUGAUGUCCGAAAAACCGAAAAAGGCCGAGGCGCUCAAGCCGGCGGUCGUCAAGAGCUCGGAGGACUUCGAGACGGUCAUGGAGUUCCUGUGGCGGUCCGGGGCCAUGGCGAAGACGCGGGCGGGUCUGUUGAGCCGCUACGCCUACGAGCGCUUCAACUACCUGCUCCACUACGCGCUGCUGCCGAACCUCAUGGACGCCGACGAGGCGUUCGCGUCCGCGAAGGCGGACUGGGAGCGCGACGUCGCGCGGUCGGAGAACGAGUGGCCCGUCGACCCGGAGGACGUCGGCGGCGACGACUCCGUCGACGACGAGCCGAACCCCCACUACUCGACGGACGCCGUCGGCAUGGCGCAGGGCAGCACAAGAGAGCGAACUUCCCAACUUCAAAGGCUCCGAUCUCGGCCAUUUUCCACUCGCAUGGCGCUCGCGCUCUUCGACGACACGAAGGAGGAGCACCGGUCGCCGCCGACGUCCGAGAGCGCGCCGUCGGAGAGCGACUCCUACUACGACGAGCUCGCGAGCGAGCCGGACAUCGAGAGCGACCACAUGGUCGAGGACGAGCAGGGCGUCGACUACGACGUCUUCACGGACUCCAUGCUCGAGCUCCUGGGCCACUGGAUCGACGGGUUCACGACCCAGGAGUACGCGGCGACCUUGUUCGCCCUCGUCGAGGCCAUCAUCGGCCCCGCGGACCUCUUCAACGUGUCGAAGAAGCGCGACGCGCGGCGCUACCUGUCCGAGUUCAAGCAGCCCCAGGACGUCACGUGCAUCGUCGAGAUGCCCACGUCCGACGCCAUCACGCGCUUCGACCUCUGGUUCGAGAACUUCUCCGAGGAGGAGGUCGUCGAGAUCACGAAGCCGCCGCCGCAGCUUUUGGUGCAGCCGCCGCCGACGGUCGAGCUCAGCCGCGUGCCGCCGCGCGAGCGCAAGGCGUCGGUGGUGAGCACGCAGCUCAGCCGCCACUACUUCACGGCGAACUCGCGGCCCGACUGCGACCUCGACGUGAAGAACUUCCUCACGUGCCUCAUCGCGAAGCAGCGGACGGAGGAGACGCGGUACCUCCGCGACGUCGCCGCGGAGGCCGUCGCGCCCCAGAAGGAGGUCAAGCCGCGGCCCCAGCCCGUGCUCAAGAUCCGCGUCGCGCGGCCCGAGAAGCGGCGGCCGGGCGCGGCGCGCUUCGGCGGCCAGAGCGGCGACGACGACGAGCUCAGCGAGGCCGAGGACGUCGUCCGCGGCGGCCACUGGCCCAAGCGGCGCGAGUGCGGCGGUCGAAUCACGGUGCAGACGCGGCCGACGCUCGCCAAGACCUACACGACGCCCAUCUCCACGGGGCCGUCGUGCCACCGCGCGGGCGACAAGUUCCUCGACGUCGACGACAAGAGCCAGCACACGGCGAGCCGCCUCGACCGCGACUUCCGCAAGGCGCAGCAGAAGCUCGCGCGCCUCGUGGACAAGCGGCGCAUCGAGGCCCUCGUGGACGUGGGCGUCGAGCUCGGGAGCCGCGGCUCCGAGCGCGAGCACGACGACGGCUCGAGUUUGGGCGACGUCGGCCCGGCGACGGCCGCGACGGGCGCGACGUCGGCCGUGGACCUCGAGACGGACUCGCGGUCCGCGACGACGGCGACGGCGUCGAGCCCGCGCAAGCUCCGGCCGUCGGCCGUGGCCCGGGACCGCGAGCGGCACCGGUCCUUCGCGUCCGCGGAGUCGUCGUUCGUCGCGAAAUUCGCGACGGGCGAGCUCAAGUUCCCCUCGACGCUACCCCCGCCGGGCGCCGUCGCGGGCCUCGCGCGGCCGGGCUUCCACAAGCCCGAGACGCCGGGCAGGAAGCACCGGAGCAAAUCCGCCGCGGACCUCGCGCUGCCCCGGAAGCCCCUCGCGGAGGACAGCGCGCUCAAGCAGAUGUUCCGCCAGCGCAUCCCGCCCCAGAUCGACGACCUCGUCCUCAAGCGCAACAAGAUCCUCGACGCCGCGCCGGUCCUCUCCCGCUACGUCGUCGACCCGGACGACGCGUUUUAA